UUCAUCAUAUUGAUAAGAUUAAUGUGAGCAAAAGUGUGAGACUUUGAGAUAUAAGGAGUUCAGAAGUACAUUUGCAUUGACUGCCGAUUUACAUUAUCUCAACGUGUUUGUUCUCGUCAAGUUUUUUUCCCGCAAGUUGUUGCAUCACUGAUAUCAGCUAGAAACGUAAAAUCAGUCUCUAAUUAUGUUAGAGCGUGUGAAAUUUGGAUAACAAAUGGCUGCUUAUUUACUUAUUAAUAAAUGUGACAUCAUGAAUUUACUCUUACUCGGAUAUUUAAGCUUUUGCGUUGCAACAAGUUUGACCGAGAACUCAGAAUGGAACACGAGAUUUCCCGAAAUUCCAGAUAGGUACGUUGAUUUUGAUAAUUGUACACGAUGUGACGUAAAGCGAGAAUCGUCAUGCUUCUGCCAUGAAUAUGUUGACCUUUACAAGUGUGUGAUUUGCUGUUCCAAUAUCCCGUGCUGUGUUUGUGAAGAGUGUACUACUUGUUGGUACGAGCAACGACAGUUAAUAAUAAUGACAGAGAUCGGUAUUUCCAUGCUGUUCGGUAUAGGUAUCGUCGGCCUGCUAAUAGUCUACUGCAAAAUAUGCAACAGGACAAGGCAACAACAUACGCGACGGCGUAGAAGACGCAUCGUGUUGCAUGAGGAAUUAACAACGUAUCCCAGCAUCAUCGAAGAUCUACGGGAGAGACCACCUUCGUAUAAUGAGGUCGUUCGCAAUGCUCCGUCUAUUCAUACAUCUUUCAGCAACAAUGCUCCUCCUCUUUAUACAUUUUCCUCCUACAACGGGACGUUCAUGCAGGAAGCUCCACCGUCGUAUCCGGGAACGCCAAAACCGCAAGAAAAGAUCCAAGACUGCAAUGAACCUCCUUCCUCAUCUGCCGUUGCUCAACAUAUAUAACAAUACUCUUAGGCUGCGUUCCAUUUAACGCUCGCAACGUUCGCGAUUAACAUUUGAUAAACAAGGAUAAAACGAUUCCAAGAGCGUUACAAGCGUUAAAUGAAACGC